AUGGAUUUUGAAACAAUUUAUGAACUCUUACAAAAUAAUCUACUGGAAUCUGGCUUUGAAGUUUAUCCUUUCCUAAUCUCGUGGUAUAAUUCUGUGGUUGAUCCACUAUUUCGCCUAUCAAAUUACGAUGAUGAUACAGUUGCUUUUCUUAUAAUUAGUACACCAAGUAUGUUUGAAAAAAUAUUUUUACCGUAUGCACUCGAUGUAAGCAAAGAUCUUACUCGUGAUCCAAUUGAUUGUUGUGUCAAAGAAAAAAUGCAAUCAGUGAUUGAAAGAUUUCCAGAGGAUGAAGUUGAUGUUCUUUUUGAUUAUGAUCUUUGGCCUACACGACGUGCAAAAAUAAUUAUGCAAACAGUUGGUCAUGUCUCAGGUGCAGCUUGUUUUUAUAGUCGUCAACAACUUCAAAAUGAUCCAUUUCCGAAAGAUAAAAAUAUGAUGGGUGUAUGUCUUCAUCCAAAAUAUGGUGGUUGGUUUGCUUUAAGAUCAGUUCUUAUUUUUAAAACACUUCAAUAUCCUUUAUUACCUCGUAUAUCACCGCCCGAUGUAUUAAAUGGUGAUGAAUCAUUAAUCGUUGAUGUUUUACAACGUUUUAAUUAUUGUUGGCAAGAUGGUACAUAUCGAAAUGUAAUACCAGUGAUUGAAACAUAUUCAACUUUACAACAAUCAUAUUUUCAAACAAAUCCUAAAGAUCGAUUAGUUUGGUUAGCCGAUUUACGUCGGAUGAAUAAUGAAAAUGUUUAG